AUGGAUCAAUAUUUUGGAAUUUCAAAAGCAAUUGAUGAAGGAAUGUAUGCAGAUGAAAGUGGCGGUAAUUUUGAUGAUUAUGAUGAUGAUAUGGGUGUUGGAAGUGGUGAAGCAAUGAUGCGUAUUGAUUCAUCAUCAACUACUGGUUUUAUGUCUCAUCAUCCUCAUCAUAUGACAUUAAUGGCAGCUGAAAAAAUAGUUCAUACUGAUUUUUUUAAUGAUUUUGGGGAUCUUUUUGAUACGGAUAAUUUUGCUCUUAAUGCGACAACAGCAGGACAUGUAACAGCUUAA